CAGACCGCGCGCGGGGCGAGCGAGCGGGGCGCGGCGAGAGGCGCAGGCGGGAGGGCCCCGGAGCACAGAGAGGGCGCCGGGGAGGGACGCUGGGCGGCCGUUCGUCCUCGCCUUCGGGUCUCCAUGCCUCGGCAGCGCCCUGCUCCGCAGCCAACGGCCCGAAAGCUGUAGCUAUGGCCGCCGUGGCCGUCCUCCGGAACGACUCGCUGCAGGCCUUCCUCCAGGACCGCACCCCCAGCGCCUCCCCGGACCUGGGAAAGCACUCGCCCCUGGCGCUGCUAGCCGCCACCUGUAGCCGUAUAGGCCAGCCGGGAGCCGCUGCGCCCCCGGACUUCCUGCAGGUGCCCUACGACCCCGCGCUGGGCUCGCCCUCCAGGCUCUUUCACCCGUGGACCGCCGACAUGCCCGCGCACUCACCGGGCGCGCUGCCGCCCCCGCACCCCAGCCUGGGCCUGACGCCGCAGAAGACGCACCUGCAGCCGUCCUUUGGGGCGGCCCACGAGCUGCCGCUCACACCCCCCGCCGACCCCUCGUACCCCUACGAGUUCUCACCCGUCAAGAUGCUGCCCUCGAGCAUGGCGGCGCUGCCCGCCAGCUGCGCGCCUGCCUAUGUGCCCUACCCUACACAGGCGGCGCUGCCGCCCGGCUACUCCAACCUGCUGCCCCCGCCGCCCCCACCACCGCCACCCACGUGCCGCCAGCUGUCUCCCAACCCAGCCCCCGACGACCUCCCGUGGUGGAGUAUCCCGCAGGCGGGCACCGGUCCGGGGACCUCCGGGGUUCCGGGGGGCGGCCUCUCCGGCGCCUGCGCCGGGGGCCCGCACGCACCUCGCUUCCCCGCCUCAGCGGCCGCCGCCGCCGCCGCCGCCGCCGCCGCCCUGCAGCGGGGCCUGGUGUUGGGCCCGUCGGACUUUGCGCAGUACCAGAGCCAGAUCGCUGCGCUGCUGCAGACCAAGGCCCCCCUGGCGGCCACGGCCAGGAGGUGCCGCCGCUGCCGCUGCCCCAACUGCCAGGCGGCUGGCGGCGCCCCCGAGGCAGAGCCGGGCAAGAAGAAGCAGCACGUAUGCCACGUGCCGGGCUGCGGCAAGGUGUACGGCAAGACGUCGCACCUCAAGGCGCACCUGCGCUGGCACACGGGCGAGCGGCCCUUCGUGUGCAACUGGCUCUUUUGCGGCAAGAGCUUCACGCGCUCGGAUGAGCUGCAGCGGCACCUGCGGACUCACACCGGCGAGAAGCGCUUCGCCUGUCCAGAGUGCGGGAAGCGCUUCAUGCGCAGCGACCACCUCGCCAAGCACGUCAAGACGCACCAGAAUAAGAAGCUCAAAGUUGCCGAGGCCGGGGUCAAGCGGGAAGACCCGCGGGACCUGUGAGCCUACCGCGGGGCGACCCGAGGCCUCUCCCGCCUGGGACUCCCUUCCCAGCCCCUCUUUGGGGAGGUUCUGGAGCUCUGUGGGCAGCUGGCGGAGGGAAGACCCAACAGGCUCUUGCGUCUUCCUUCUGCCCUCCUCCCAAAGCAACGCCGGGCUCCCAGCUUCCCUGGCCCGGCCUUCGGACAGGGACCCUGUGCCCCGGAGGAACAGGGGAAGUAGGGUGAGGAGCACUGCGUCACGCCAGGGCGGUUUCAAGCUCUUAACCAUUCCCACCGUCUAGGAGAUCUACAGUUUUGGGGGACCACACUGGGCUGACCUUGUAUAUAGGAAACACUGUUGAGUUAAAGCAGAAGGACCUUGGGAGAUUUGAAAUUGUGCUUUUUUUUUUUUUUUUUUUUUUUGCUAGGACCCGUCCGGGCUUUGUACAGGUUAUUUAAUAGCUUUGUUAAAGAAUAAUUAUAAUAAUUAUAACGUUAAUAAAAAUGUUACUUUUGUCCUCAGCUCCAUGCAGAGCUACAGCAUGAAAUGUCUCUGUAAAGCAAUCCGCAGUUGCAGCGUGAAAAUAAAUACGUUAACUCUGGGGUCACCUC